AACCCAAUUCAAUUUCAACCUCACUCGCUUUCAUCUUUGAAGAUAGGCCUGUCAACAGCUCUUCAGUUUUACGCACUGAAAACUAUUUCUUGUUUCUUUUUUCUGGUUAUCUUUUAAUUUGGUGGACAUUUUUUUUUUUUUUACGCGCAAAGUGACUGAAACUUUAUGGCAUUGUUACAAUUGCUUCCAUGUCCUUUUAGGGAAUCUGCGCAAAGUACUCCAUCACCUCCCUCCUCCCCUACCUCUUCUUAUUACGAUGUGUUCCUUAGUUUUAGCGGUAAGGACACCCGCAAGAAUUUUACUGACCAUCUCUAUACUGCUUUAAAACAAAAGGGUCUUAUCGUCUUCAGAGACGAUGAAAGACUUGAGUGUGGAAAAUAUAUUUCACGAGAACUCUUUAAAGCAAUAGAAGAGACCAAGUUUGCAGUCGUUAUCCUCUCAACAAACUACGCUUCCUCAACGUGGUGCUUGGAUGAGCUAGUAAAGAUUGUUGAAUGCAUGAAACAGAACAUGUUGACAGUUUUGCCAGUCUUUUACCAUGUGAAUCCCUCUGAUGCACGGAACCAGGUGGGUAUUCUUGCUUCAAGGAACCAGACUUUUGCUGAAGCCUUUGCAAAGCAUGAAAGAGAUCCCAAAGUUAAGAUUGAGGAUUUGCAAGCAUGGAAAGCUGCUUUGAAAGAAGUCGGCAAUAUAUCUGGAUGGCAUGUACAACAACACAGGUCUGAAGCAGAAGUUAUACAAGACAUCGUUCGAAGGAUAUGUAGCGAAGUGAGAUUCACAUUCUCAAGUACUAUUUCCAAGGAUCUAGUUGGAAUAGAAUCCCGUGUGAGGGAAAUGUUGGAUUUAUAUUUAGAUGAAAGGUCGGGUGGUGUUCGCUUUGUGGGAAUUUGUGGGAUGGGUGGAAUCGGUAAGACAACUCUUGCAUUAGAAAUUUUUGAAAGAAUUUCAGGUAGCUUUGAAGCUAGCAGCUAUAUUGCUGAUGUAAGAGAAAAAACUGAAAAUCAACAUCUAGUUUCUUUACAAAAACAACUUCUUUCUAACAUCUUUAUGGAAAGUGAAAUAAAGAUAUGGAAUGUUCAUGAGGGGGUCAAUAUCAUAGGGAAUAGAUUACGUGGUAAGAAGGUUCUUAUUGUUCUUGAUGAUGUUGAGGACCAAAAACAAUUAGAAGCUUUGGCUGGGAACCUUGAUUGGUUUGGUCCAGGGAGUAGAAUCAUUGUAACAAGCAGAGAUAGCCAAUUGUUGAAAAGAUGUGGUGUGAAUUACAUAUAUACGGCAAAGGGUUUGUAUCUAGAUGAAGCUUUGCAACUCUUUAGUUUGAGUGCUUUCAAGAAACCCCAUCCUAAAGAAAAUUAUGUGGAUUUGUGUAUGUAUUUUGUGAAUUACACUAAAGGCCUUCCUUUAGCUCUUAAAGUUUUAGGUUCUUUGUUGUUUACCAAAAGCAUCGAUGAAUGGGAAAGUCUCAAAGAUAAACUAAAAGUGGAACCUGAAAAAAAAAUUUUGGACAUUCUUCAAAUAAGUUUUGAUGGGCUAAUGGAAACCCAAAAAGAAUUAUUUCUAGAUAUUGCAUGUUUUUUCAAAGAAGAGAACAAAGAUUGCAUAAGAGAGAUAUUAAAAAGUUUUGGUUACUAUCCAGACUACAAUAUUGGUGUUUUGAUGGACAAAUCGCUCAUAACCAUUAAUGAAAACAGAGCUUUGUGGAUGCAUGAUUUACUACAAGAAAUGGGUCAAGAUAUAGUUCGUCGUGGAUCUAAAGAGCCUGGUAGACGUUCUAGGUUAUGGCUUUAUGAGGACGUCCUUCAUGUAUUGAAGAAUAAUACUGGAACGGAGGUAGUUGAAGGCAUAAUGCUAAACGCACCUAUUCAAAAAGAGGAGCACUUGGAUGCUGAAGUCUUCUCAAAGAUGAAAAAAAUGAGAUUGCUUAAAGUGGUUGAUAUGGGUAAUGUGAAACUUCCACAAGGCCUCAAUUGUCUUUCUAAUGAGUUACACUUCAUAGAAUGGCAUGGAUAUCCUUCAAGUUCCAUGCCAACCAACUUCCAACCAAACAAGCUUGUUGAAUUGAAAAUGCAUUGCAGCAGCAUCAAAUGACUAUGGAAUGGA